AAAGUUGACGAAGACGGCGGAACUGGUUGUUUAUUCGAUGUUGAUGAAGAUGAAGGUGACGCCCCAAGCAUGCGCAGAGAGAGAGAGAGAGAGAGAGCGAAGGAGCAGUUGGGAAGAGAAAAGUCCAAUCAAUUUAAUUUAAGCCAGAAACAGCACAGAGAGAAUUAUGUAUAUAAAUAUAGGAUCAGUUAGCGCCACCGUCGCGAUAGCCUGUUGCUUCCCUCCAUUCUCUACUUCUCUCCUCUUCUUUUCCUUCUUCAUCUCUCUCUCUCUCUCUCUCUAACCUCUGAAUCUAGCACCGGUCUCGAUUCUAUUCAUUCUUCACCGUCCUCACACUCAAUUCCCGCUCUUCUCCGUCUCUUGCAGCGCUCCAAUUCAUCUUACUAUAUAUCCAGCUUCCUUUACGCGAAGGUCUAAGCAGGUGUGGAGGAACGAAGCACGGGAAAGCAUGGAUGGAGUGAAAUUAUGUUAAUCUCUGAAGUUCUGUUCUUCUUGGAGAGGCAUUGAAGGCACUCGUAAUAAUUUCAGAAGCUUCUUCCUUUUUGGAGAGGCAAUGAAGAUAUGCUCACAUUUAUAGCCACUGGAUUUGAUAUUUGCAAUCUUGGUUGGAGAGGUUGCCACUUUUUUAGUGCAAGCAAGUACACAGAUUGGUGAAUAAGAUGAAAUUAUUGAGGAAGAUUAUUAUUUUCCUCAUAUUAAGGAUUGAUUGGAGAAAACUGCUUCUUAUUGGUUCGAUCUUUACUAUAGUUGGCGUUGUUGUUCAAAUUUCUACACUUCCUUAUCCACUGACCAUAUGGGUCUUUUCUUCAUCAGAUUUGCCUCUGUUGUACAAAUCCAUGAAUAGUAAUGUACAUUUGAAUGAAAAGAAUAGCUUGAUGAGGCUUGAACAGUUUGAAACCCAUCUCGUUGAUCCUGUUGUCUCCACGAAUACUUCUGCUGUCUCAAAUCAUGUUGUCUCCACAAAUACUUCAACUGUCUUAAAUCAUGUUGUCUCCACAAAUACUUCUACUGUCUUAAAUCAUGUUGUCUCCACAAAUACUCCUCCUGUCUUUAAUCAUGUUGUCUCCACAAAUACUUCUAUUGUCUUAAAUCACGUUGUCUCCACAAAUACUCCUACUGUCUUUAAUUAUGUUGUCUCCACAAAUACUUCUACUAAUUUCUUAAAUCAAUCAAUGUCAAUUGUGGAAGAGAGACCUAUAUCCUCUAGGAAGAGAGGUCAAUCAUCUAAAAGGAGAAAGCGGCAUAGAAAGGCGGAGGAUAUAGUUGCUCCUCCACCUCCUCUUAGACCUGUGCCCCAUCGCUUGCUGAGGUAUGUUCGGUCAUUGACACCUUAUGAAGCGCUUGUGUAUGCUAAGAAAGAGAUGGAGAACAUCUCAUCUGUCAUCAACGACCCAGAUCCAGAACUCUAUGCUCCUUUAUUCCGGAAUGUUUCUGUUUUUCAAAGGAGCUAUGAGCUGAUGGAACUCUUGCUUAAAGUUUACAUUUACCAAGAUGGGAAGAGACCAAUUUUCCACGUACCCAUCCUGCAAGGAAUUUAUUCAUCCGAAGGAUGGUUUAUGAAAUUAAUGGAGGAGAACAGACAAUUUGUAACUCAGGACCCUGAGAAAGCUCACUUGUUCUAUCUUCCAUACAGUGCAAAACAACUUCAGACAGCACUUUAUGUGCCCGACUCACAUAAUAUAAGGCGAUUAUCAUUCUUCCUGAGGGAUCACGUGAACAUGCUUGCUGCAAAGUACCCAUUUUGGAACCGGACUCGUGGAUCAGAUCACUUCCUAGUUGCUUGCCAUGAUUGGGGCCCUUACACAUUGACUGAGCAUGAGGAGUUAACCAAAAACACUAUAAAAGCUCUCUGCAAUGCAGAUGCCUCUGAAGGAAUUUUUGUCGCGGGAAAGGAUGUUUCUCUUCCAGAAACCACCAUAAGAAAUCCCAAGAGACCUCUUAGAGGUCUCGGAGGGAACAGAGUAUCACAGCGCCCAAUUCUUGCCUUUUUUGCUGGACAUAUGCAUGGUAGGGUCCGCCCAACGCUUUUGAGGUACUGGAAUGACAAAGAUGAAGAUAUGAGGAUUUAUAGGGUUCUACCCAAUAGAGUCUCCAGAAAUAUGUCUUAUCCUAUGCAUAUGAAAUCAAGCAAAUAUUGCAUUUGUCCUAUGGGUUAUGAAGUUAACAGUCCCAGGAUUGUGGAGUCGAUAUAUCACGAGUGUGUUCCAGUGAUUAUUGCUGAUAAUUUUGUCCCUCCAUUGAAUGAAGUUCUAGAUUGGAGUUCUUUCUCUGUGAUUGUUGAGGAGAAGGAUAUUCCCAAACUGAAGGAUAUUCUUCUGUCUAUUCCUUUGAACCGUUACAUUAAGAUGCAAACUAACGUGAAGAUGCUGCAGCAACAUUUCCAUUGGAACGCAAGACCAAUCAGAUACGAUAUGUUCCACAUGAUUUUGCAUUCAAUUUGGCAUGCCAGGCUGAAUCAGAUCCAAUUACCACAGCGAUCCUAACUUCUUGGGAUUCCUUUUGUAUUAGUCCUUGAAGUACAGCUUACUUUGAAUGCCAGUGAAACCACAUUAGCCAUACCUAUGACAUUGCUCAACCAUGUGCCAUGUGGUUAUGGAAUAUGCAAUAGUAUCCGUAAGCUUCGUGCCUACUGAACUGAGACACGGUUCCAUAUCUAAUAGAAGACGGGAGCAGCCACAACAAUGAAGAUGAUGCAGGGGCUUCACUCAUGUUCUCCAGAUGCAGGUGGAUGAAAAGAAGUAACAGUAUUUUGACUUCAAGAUGUGCUAGAGACCCAGAGAAGACUGUGCUCUUCAUGAAAUUGAUGAUGUCAUGAACAUAGAAACAAUAUAUAGGUGUGAAAAAAAAAGAAGAAGAUGAAAGACUACUCAGAGAUGAUAGUUCAGUGCUUGGUGAAGAAAAACAAGCUCAUCACCUUAAAAGCAUUCAUAGCCAACAUAUUCUAGAAGAACUUGGAGCUGACGGCUACGAAUUGUGGCUAUAAAAUUCACAUAGUUUUCAGGGCCAAAUUUGACCCCAAGUUGCAACAUACUCCCAAGCAUCUUCAACUGCGGACUUCCAUUUUUGUGGUUGUGAGAGUACUCAUAAUACAUGGCUCUGGAGGUGUUAAAGUAGUAUUACAGAAGAAGAUAGAUGUAUGGAAUACUAGUGUGAGUGUUUGAGAGAGUACCAAGUAAUCAACAAGUGAAUGAUUCUCUUGUACUAAGUAUUAUAAUAAACUAAAGUGUCUGUGGUAUUUUCCAAG